GGGAGAUCACCGGUCAUCAUUUGCAUCUGGAUAUUGAGUCAGUUGUGGAGAAGACUAAUUCCUAAAGCAUUUUUGGGCAGGUUUGGUGUGUUUUUAAGGACUUAUUGUGCACCACAGCCAUGCCUUCCCUUCCCACUUUGAACAGCCUGGGGAAACUGUGCGGCUCGGGACGCAGUCAGCAGGUGGAUCGCACCCGGAUCAAACGCACAAACUCCGUCAAACGCAUGUCUGUCAUAGAGGAUGGACGUGUGGCAGAAGUGCUGUACCUCAUUCCCAAACAGUCCAUGAUGCAACAGCUGCCGUUUAUCAACCCUGACGACUACUACCUGAGCGAGAGCCUGACGCCCGUGGCCCAUACACAGGAAUCUCACCACCAGACGGAGAAGCCUCUGAUACGCUGUGCUAAAUGUGGAGAGGUGUGCAAGGGAGAGGUGUUACGUGUGCAGGCCAAACACUUCCACAUCAAGUGCUUCACGUGCAAAGUAUGUGGCUGCGAUCUGGCUCAGGGAGGAUUCUUCAUGAAGAAUGGAGAGUAUAUGUGCACUCUGGACUACCAGCGCAUCCACGGCACCCGCUGUAACAUCUGUGGAGAGUUUGUGGAGGGGGAGGUGGUGACCGCGCUCGGAAAGACCUACCACCCAGCAUGCUUUGUGUGCACAAUCUGCAAGAGACCAUUUCCUGCUGGAGACAGAGUGACAUUCAAUGGGAAGGACUGUCUGUGUCAGUACUGUGCAGAGCCCAUGUCUCCAGUGCACACCAAAGACGUCGCCGGACCCAGCAGUUGUGCAGGCUGUGGCAGAGAUAUUAAGAAUGGUCAGGCUCUGUUGGCUCUCGAGAAUCAGUGGCAUUUGGGCUGUUUUAAAUGUAAGGCCUGUGCUAAAGUAUUGACUGGAGAAUACAUCAGCAAAGAUGGCGCCCCCUACUGUGAGCAAGAUUAUCAGGUUCAGUUUGGAGUUCAAUGUGAGGCGUGUCAGCAGUUCAUCACAGGGAAAGUCCUGGAGGCAGGGGACAAGCACUACCACCCCAGCUGUGCUCGCUGUAGCAGGUGUAACCAGAUGUUUACAGAAGGAGAGGAGAUGUACCUGCAAGGAUCAACAGUUUGGCAUCCAGGCUGUAAGCAUUCAACUAGAGGCGAGGAGAGACAGCGGCCGAUGCGCUCGUCGACCGAGAGCAUAUGUUCCAGACCUGGUUCAAGCAUACCUAGCUCACCGGGUCACACCAUAUAUGCAAAAGUAGACAAUGAGAUCCUUGAUUACAGGGAUUUAGCAGCCAUUCCCAAAGUCAAAGCCAUUUAUGACAUUGAGCGUCCAGAUUUAAUCCACUAUGAGCCACUUUACACCACCACACUGGAGGAGUCAGAGGAGGGAGAGAGUGUGGGAGAGCUGCAGAGCUCCAGGAGAGAGUGUUCACCCAUGCCAGACGACAGAACCAGGUCACCCACACCAAUUGCUGAAGGUUAUUAUGACAUGAGAGAACGUAUCCUCCACAGGUCGACAAGUCAGGGCUCCAUCGGCUCUCCCAUUUACAGCCGCCACAGUUACACACCCAUGUCCCGCUCACCACAGCACUUCCACAGACCCGAUCAAGGAGUAAACAUCUACAGAAAACCCCCUAUCUACAAACAGCAUGAUUCAGCUGCCUUUGCAGCCCAGAGCAAGUCUGCUGAUGACAUCAUCAAAUCGGCCAAAUUCCCCUCAGCGUACGCCCCUGGUCCCGACUACCCAGCAAUGAUAGAGACAGACUGCUGGUCCUUGCCGAUCUCCCAUGCUGCCCUAGGAACAGACGGGUGGAGAAGGUCAAGAGAGGAGGAUGAGGAGGAGCUUCAGAAACGCAGACAGAUUCAGGAGGAACAUCUCAACAAGAUCCAAUCUGGUUUGGGGAAAAUGAUCCUCAAAGAGGAGAUGGAGAAAGAGAAGAUCCGAGAGAGUCAUGAACGGAGUCAAUCGGCACAACGCUACGAGCAUGGAAGCAAUCAAAGUUCACCGUCUAAAUCAGGCUCACUGCCUGGAUACGGGCGGAAUGGACUGCAUCGGCCUCAGUCGACUGAUUUUACACAGUAUAACAGUUAUGGGGACGUGUGCGGUGGGAUGAGAGAGUUUCAGGCCAUGCAUGAUGGCCACCGCACAGCCACUAGAAUGGACAGAGGAGUGUCUAUGCCUAACAUGCUGGAACCAAAAGUAUAUCCAUAUGAAAUGCUGAAGAUAACCAGCCGCGGUCGCUCCAAACUGCCCAGAGAUGUGGACAGAACCCGACUAGAGCGCCACCUGUCUCCAGAGAUGUUCUUUGAAAUCUUUGGGAUGGAAAUUAAGGAAUUCGACAGGUUACCACUGUGGAAACGCAAUGAACUGAAGAAGAAAGCCAAACUCUUCUAACCGGGAUGUACAACAUCUACACACACUCACACGAUGUAUCAUACAGCUGUUUGCUAAUCUUCUGUUGUUUCUUGCUAAAACUAUAGCCAGAAGACAGUUCCAUUCUGCAAUAUUAUCAUAUGAUGUCAGUUUGUAAUAAACGGAGGGUCCAAGCAUUUCAGAUAUAUCUCCAAAAUUCGCAACACUUUGUUCUCUUUGUCUCUGUUGUUUUAAUAUUCCCUCUUCCAGAAAUGAGUCUUUGUCUUUUUGUUCUUUGUUCUUCUUGCAUAUCUUGGAAAAUCAUGUUCAUGCAGGUCUGAUCAUCUGAACCUUUGUACAUUUGCAGUCAUAAUCCAUUUAAUUCAGUGUUCCAGUAAAGACUCCUCUAUUUGCGUCACUUUUGUUCAGGGAGGGAUUGUCGAUGCUACACUGUGUGGGUGUCUGUGUCUUUGUACCUGUUCAUGUAAGUUUUGAAUGCAUUUAAACAAAUGUAAUCCAUAGCACAUAUCCAUGUAUUCACCCUUUACUACUGUACCAGCCUCUAAAGCAUCUGUAAAAUUAAAGGUGAAGCGUGU